AUGAUUGCUUCAAAUUGGAAGGUCACAAAACAGGGCCACAUCUCAAAACACAGCAACAAAACAAUGGAGUUUUUCCUUGCUUCAAUGCACGGAAACCUCUCAAGGAGGUUUGCUCCUAAGUGCAGUACUGCCUUUAUUGAAGCUCCGUUGUAUGGCUGCCAUUGGUUACUUCUUGCUCACCCAAAAUACCAACUUGUCCCAAAAGCCACUUUCAACAUUUCUCAGCCACCACCUGAAUUUUUUAGAUUUACCAUAAUCAUGACUGCAUUUGGAAACACAGGUAAUCUCCCUCUUGCAAUUGUGGCCUCUGUUUGCCACAGUGAUGAUAACCCUUUUGGUACUGAAGAUGACUGCACUGCCUGGGGUGGCAUAUGUUUUUUUUACCAAGAAGCUUGGGAAUUCUAUCUGAGGCCAUGGUGCCUUCGGCCGUGCUUGUUUCUGUGGAGGCAUGCUGCUGGAAGGUCCAACGAAAUCAAAUCUAGGAAUGAGAAAUACAAUUGGUUAUUGUUUGCAGCUUUUGGUACUUCCCUUUGCAUGGAAUUGGUGUGCUCUAUUGGCUGA